GCUUGGAGCACCUAAAAUAAAUCAAAUCAAUUUCACAGAGAAUUCACAGUACAUAUAUUUCGUAUAUAUAUUUAUUUUUGGUUUUCGUCCAAGAUGUCUGCUGAAAUCGAAGAUAUCCUGAAGCGCUACAGCAACUAUCCGAAUGUGGCGGGCAUCAUAAUUGUGGAUGCCUUUGCCAUACCCAUCAAGACCACCAUGGAGUACACACUGACUGUCCAUUAUACGGCCCUCGCCAAUAAUCUGCUGUUGAAGGGCUCAAAGAUGAUCCAGAAUAUGGAUGCCUCGAAUGAAUUGACAUCUCUACGCUUGCGCACCCUCAACCACGAGGUGAUGAUUCUACCCGAAGAGAAUUUCUUCAUCAUUGUGGUGCAGAAGCCAGGUCAAUGAUUUAUUUUGGCUUACCAAUGCGUUAAAUAAACUAUGUUUUUGGGUGUGCCUGCCCACUGCAAUUGGC